CAAGGACUGGUACUAAGGUGAGCGUGCAAAGUAGGCAGUGCAAACCAUAAUGCAAGACCGACUGCCAUAAGAAUCAAGCGCAACAAUAAGAUUUAAUCUGCCUGGAAAUGCAAAACCAUAGAAUUCGAAAAUUGCUAUAUGUACGCCUAUACUAAUAGGCAUACUGACAAAGGGCAGGCUAUAGCAUAGGGUAACCUACAUAAGCCAUUUUACAUGUAAAUAGAUCUUAAUGUAUGUCUUUCUUGACCGUUCACUGCAUUUUAUGGCAUUUUUUGCCCAUUCUUUCACCACAGCAGAGACGUUCCAUGUUUUAUUAUAGGGGAGUGCUAGGCUACUUUACACCACCCUAUCCCAUUCAUUCAGAGCGUCUCUUGUCUCCAUAACAACGUUCAGUGCUAGGCAAUGAUGCAAACCUUUAGCAAGACAACAGUGACAUGGCGCUCUCCCAUUGUAGUGUAUAGCUUUUAGAGUCAGGCGAGAAAGCUUGCUCGAGGAGCGAUUGGUUGCCUUCAUACUAGUGGUAACCGAGUUGACUACUUCCUCUGUGCUGGACCUUCAUUAGUUUACCAGUAUGCCACCAAAAAAGAAGGGGAAAGAGAAGAAGAAAAUGAAACAGAACGAUGAAGGUAAUGAACACGAGGAGAAAUACAGGCGGAGCCUUCUGGAUGUGGCCAUUCUUAAGGAACAUCUUGCCCUGAGGACAGACGUGGCUCUACAUGCAAAGGCCUCCAGGGAAGAGCUGAAGAAACAGCUGGGGGAGCUGGAGAGUGAUCUCUCUCAGGAGAGAACCAACAAGAGGGAUAUCACAGCAGAUCUUAACCGGCGGCACAAGAUAAUGCAAACGGAUAUGGAGGCCAAAAUUAGUCAUCUGGAGAUCAAGGUUAUCACUCUUCAGCAGCAACUGGCGCAGUGUCAGGGGGAACUAAGAGACGAGAGGGAAGCUCACACACAGGACACGGAAGAAAAAGAAGCCAUUAUCAGUCGCCUGCAAAGCAAGUUGGACAACAUGGAGUCUGAAUAUGAGAAGAUCCUGCAUGGGAGCCUGGACAGUCUCCUGACGCACCUGACGGAGGCCCGGGGGACCUGGGAGGAGGAGAGUGCCCACAUCCAUCAAGACUUCAAGGACAUCCUCAAGGACUUCGGGCUGAACGCACUUCAGAUAUGAGAAUGCUAGAUGUGAUGGCCACAGUAAUGUAUUUGCAAAUGCUUUUCUCCCAUAUAUUCACAUUGGCAGCAACAUGGCAGCCGUGUGAUAUUACGACUGAAAGGGUGAACUAUUUUUGACAGAUAUCACACAAUAAUAAUAAUAUAAUUUCAUAUAAAUAAUAAACGCAUGUAUUAUUUUUGUGGAGAGAUGUUUUGACUGUUUUAACACUGGUAUUCAGAUUUUAAAAUCUGUUCCCUGUUAAGGAGAUCUGGUUACUCACACACAUACACACACGUUGUUUUCAAUAUAUGAAACUGAGAGAAGAAGAACAACAUCAAAUUGUUCGAGCAACCACAUAUUAUUACUCUCACAGUAGAAAUGAAAACAAGGCGAUAACAUAGUCAUGUUAUAUAAGCCUUAUAAAAGCAUGAUUUGCUAUUAAUAAAAUGUGAUUUACUCUCCCUGUGUGAAUUUUAAGCCCUGUUCCCAUAGGGAAUUCAGAUGCACACUCUUAC